AUGUUUAUCUCGACACCAACUAGAAACAGGUCGAGUACCGUGCGAAAUAGACCAUUCUCGACUCAUUCGGUGCGAAGGGGACCAUACCUGGAGUGCAGCCCUCACCGUUAUGUUUGCGACUUGCCACAAUGCCGUCGUGCUAAAUCAUCUAGCCCCUCGUCCCGCUAA